AUGGCCCGGGUGCGGUACCUCCGCGCGGCCGUCUCGGGAUUUUAUCUGUGGGAAGCCGCGGUGCUGCUCAGUUUGGUAGCCACAAAGGAAACAGACAGCGCAAGAUCUCGUAGCAUGCCAAUGUCACCAUCUGAUUUCCUGGAUAAGCUAAUGGGUCGGAUGUCAGGCUACGAUGCAAGGAUCAGACCAAAUUUCAAAGGCCCUCCAGUUAAUGUCACAUGCAACAUAUUUAUAAACAGCUUUGGAUCCAUUGCAGAGACAACCAUGGAUUACCGAGUGAACAUCUUUCUCCGUCAGAAUUGGAAUGAUCCACGCCUUGCGUACAGUGAAUAUCCAGAUGACUCUUUAGAUUUAGAUCCAUCCAUGUUGGAUUCAAUUUGGAAACCUGAUUUGUUCUUUGCUAAUGAGAAAGGUGCCAACUUUCAUGAAGUUACAACAGACAAUAAGUUGCUGCGAAUUUUCAAAAAUGGAAAUGUACUUUAUUCCAUCAGAUUGACUUUAAUACUGUCCUGUCCAAUGGAUCUCAAAAAUUUUCCAAUGGAUGUGCAAACAUGUAUAAUGCAGCUGGAAAGCUUUGGAUACACAAUGAAUGAUCUCAUUUUUGAAUGGCAAGAAAAGGGAGCUGUCCAAGUAGCAGAAGGGCUCACUCUGCCACAGUUUCUGUUGAAAGAAGAAAAGGAUUUAUGUUACUGUACCAAGCAUUACAAUACAGGAAAGUUUACAUGUAUUGAAGUCCGAUUUCACCUUGAGAGGCAAAUGGGUUACUAUCUCAUCCAGAUGUACAUACCAAGUCUCUUGAUCGUCAUUCUGUCCUGGGUGUCAUUUUGGAUCAAUAUGGAUGCAGCUCCAGCCAGAGUGGCUUUAGGCAUAACAACUGUGCUGACCAUGACAACACAAAGCUCAGGUUCACGAGCGUCACUUCCAAAGGUGUCAUAUGUCAAAGCAAUUGACAUCUGGAUGGCUGUGUGUCUGCUCUUUGUAUUCUCUGCACUUCUGGAAUAUGCAGCUGUAAACUUUGUGUCAAGGCAGCAUAAAGAACUUUUGCGAUUCCGCCGGAAGAGGAAGAAGAACAAGUAUUUUGAGGGAGUUCUUGAUGGAAAUGAAAUGAAUGAAUCAUUGCAGCAUAGCAAUGGCUUGAGAUGUGCAGGACGUAUAGACGGGACUUUGCCUCAAAUCUACAGUACAAAUUUAAGGGAUGAUGAUGUAAGAGAAAGUCGGUUUAGUUUUACAGCAUAUGGCAUGGGGCCAUGUCUGCAAGCAAAAGACGGAGUGACACAAAAGGGGCCAAACAACCCCGUUCAAGCUGCACCAAAAAGCCCCGAUGAGAUGAGAAAGGUAUUUAUUGACCGGGCCAAGAAGAUAGACACAAUUUCCAGAGCUUGUUUCCCAUUAGCCUUUCUGAUUUUCAACAUUUUUUACUGGGUAAUUUACAAAAUCAUUAGGCAUGAGGACAUUCACCAAUAACGAGAUUAAGGCUUUUAGCGCACACAGUUCUGGCUGGCAUGUUCAACAGGAGGCUGCUAGAAAUAUGCACAGGAGUCAUCAGGAGAGCUAAAGGCAUCGAGGGGAAAAACAAAAAGGAGCCUGCAAGACUUGCGUUACCAAGUCACAGUGGAAUGGAAGAAUGACACCCAGAGAAGAUACGUCUGCUAUUGCAGUUUCUACAUCAAACUAAAUAUUAUCAACUUUUUCAUAGUCAAUCACUCUCUACUGAAGCUUUACUGCCAAGUGUUUAUACAUACUGUUACAUAGUGAUAUAAUUGUACAGUACUCUUUGAUGUUCCUCAAAAAUUUUUUAAUUCUGGUGUAUUUUUUAAUUAUAAAAUGGGUCCAGAACACCCUAGGUAAAUCCCAUAGUAUUAGAGAAUACAUUAGCAUUUGUAACCCUUAUUUCAAUUUUACAAGAUAAUGACAAAUUACUGAUUUAAAUUUUGAAAUUUAAGGACUUCUUCUUGUCUUAAGAACAGUAUCUGUGGUUUUGCAAUGAGCACAUAUGAUGCAUUUAAGUUAUAUUAUUUAUUCAAAGUACUCCAUAUUACAGUUCCACUGGAAAAUGUGCAUUGAAAUAAUCUCAGAGACAGCACAAGCUACUGCUGCCCAAUAGUCUGAAUAUCAUUUGGAAAAUAUAUUAAAAUUUGUCACAUACUGUUUCCUAUAAAGGUUUUUUUUUCUUUUAAUUACAGACAGUUACACUUUGAUAAAUUCAAACUUAAAAGCUUUUAAAUCUUUUUUAUAUUUUUUGACUUUUUUUCCCAAUUGAUAACAAUUCAUACAGCUUUGGAGAUGGACAAGCUGCACUAAAAUUUUGCAAUACUCCAUUUUUAAUUCAGUGCAAAAGAAACCCUGUAACAAAGUUAAAAGCAAAGAGUCAUCAGCUCUGCUGAAAUAUUAGGAGGAUGAGUAUAGCUGUGUUUAUGUACAUAUAUCUCCUAUACGUUAUGUAAAUCACAGAAAGUUUGAUAUAUAGGUAUAUGAAGUUUUCUUUCUCAUUCUUUGAAGUUUAUGGACAUGACUUAGAUGCUGCUUAAGUAGUACUUCACAAUUUUGAAAAAACAUGCAGUUCUAAAACAUGAAAAAAAUCCAGAUCUUUCAUUUUAAUUAUACUUCACAGUAAUCAAUAGGGAUUGAAACUGUUAAGAGAGAUUUUCUCCAUUUAGAAUUACAUAAGUCGUAUUAGUUGCUUUUUUGCAUUAUAACACAAUAGAUCAUAUUUAUUGCAUAGUGUGUAAACACUCUUGGUACUCUUCUCUAUUGAAAAAUAAAAACAUGCUAAGAUACGGAAAGCUGACAUUGAGAAGUAUUCAAUACUUUGAGUCCAGUAGCUGAGGCUGUUUCUCAUUGCAAAAUGUUUUUAUUUUGACCAUGUUUUAAAUUUUUGGUUUGUUAUUGCUCAGAAUGCAUAUACAAAAGCAAAAUACAGCUGGAGGCAAACAUCUAGUGCACUGCCAAAGGCAUGUUGCAUAUGAAGUAACAGAAGCAAUGUUACCCUGCACUGAGGAUUAUAACAUAGCAACCUUGGGUUUGGUUGGGCUUGUUGUUUUCCUCCAAGGAUUAGUUAGAGAGAUUUUAAAAAAGCAGUUCUCUGAUUUUGUUGAACUGUCUCAGAAAGAAGCUGUACAAUCCUCCCUUCUUUUAAAGCAGUAUUAUUUUACAGUUUUGCUUCAUUUAUUUUAUGAAAGCAAUUCAUUUCAAACAAUUAUUUUUAAUUAAUUUCUUUAUAUACAUGUUCCAAAAAAUUCUGAUCACUAAAGAAUGCCUGUGCUGAUCUGUGGGAAGGGGUACUACGAACUAAUGCCUGACCUUUUGGUUGGGUUGUAUUUGUCUCCCUCAAACUUGUCAUGAACUGUAUUUUAUAAAAAGGGAUGUUAACUUAUUUUUACUUUCAGUGAAGUCAACAGUAUUUAGUUAAAGGACUAUUUUAAGUACUGGAUCCAUAAUCAAGAGGCAACCAUAAAACAUUACAUGAACUUUCAAACUUAUCUCUCUUCUUACCAUUUAAAAUAGCUGGCUUCUCUCAGUAAGGAAUUCUUCAUUGAAGGAAUCAGUACCUAAAAAAUGCUAGCUAGAUACAUAACUCUGAGUUAUUCUACAACACUUCAAAGUACUUGACCGCCUGGCUCACACUGCUUCUUUCCCAAUCAUUCAAUGGUCUAAUAUUACCUUGUUUGGAAAAUAUUAAUAAAUCCAAGUAAUACAAGCUAAAUAAACUUAGCCCUAAUUUCUUUCUUCACUACUUAAGCGAGAAAAGAUCUGUGUUCUCAGAUGGAGAAAUGAGAUGGAAGCCUUGAAAGUGAUGAAAGAGAGACUGGAUUACAGUUCUGGCAAAGUCAGGAGAAAUGUAGAGUUGUCGAACAAGAAGGACAAGAUCCUUCAUUCACGUAUGAAUCUAUUAACUCAGUGAGGGGGAAGACGGUAUGCUAAUCUAAGGAAAAAAUUACGGUAUGUGAUAUAUAUAUAUAUACACAAUAAAAAGCAUAAAACUACAUUAUAAUUCUUUUCUAACAUCCCUAAUGGAUUGUUACCUAUAGACCAUCAUGUUGGGAGGGUGAGCACAUCCUACCUGUUACUUACAACAUUCAGUCCUCUAACAGGGCAUUUUGAUUAAGAGGAUUAAAUAUAUUUAAAACAUUAUGAAAAGUCUACAGUUAGAACAUUUUUGUAUGUAUUAAGUAGCUCUAUUAAGAAUAAAAAUAUCUCAAAUAAGAGGGAAAAAGCAGGAAUGGUUCCAUGAUGAUAAUUUCAAAUGGAACAUCUGGCAUGUCACCCUGCUGCCCUGAAGGAACUAAAGGUUUUUUAUUUUGAUACAAUGGAAUGAAGAUCUCUCUUGAACUGAUGUUUCUUUAUCUUUUACUGUAACCAUAAUAUUUGCUAAUUUAACAGAAACCUUUACAGUCCCAAGCAACCUUGUGCAAAGUCACAUGGCAAAGAAAAAGAUAAAUGUCAGUUAAGAUUACAAAAGACCUCCAGGCACAAAUACCAGCUGUCCACUAACUGACUAUGGGAAAAGCCCCAAAAUGCCAGCAGGCAUGCCUGCCCUCUACGCAAAGCUAGAAUCAACAGUUGUUGUCAUCAGCUAUGAAGAUUAGUGCGGGAGCUGAUUCUUCUGUAACUGUAAAGUGAAGCAGCAGGGAAUUAGAUCAGGAAGUUGCAAGCAGAGGUACUCCGCAGCAUCUGUCACACAGCAGCAUCUCUGCUACAGUCCUGCACAAGGAGCAAUGUGGAAGCAGAAACGGAGCAAUCAAAGAAAUGAUGCUUGAGGCAGAUGCUACCUGUUCGGACUUCACCUACAUCUAAAACAGGUUCCAUUCACUAGACUGGAGUAGGACUCGGCUGUCCUGUGUGGCUUUGCUGGAGCACAGGUCCCCAGCAAAGCCGCACAGGGAAGCUUCUUGUACACACAACCCCGGUGUGACAGGCAACAGCCAUUGCAGCCUGGACCUCGGUAAUUAUUCACCAUAGGUGCAGGCUCUGUGCUAUUCAGGUCGUGUGUUCAUGGUUGCCAUAGGUUAGCCCUUUAGCUUCAAAAAAUAAAAACAUUGAAGAGCCAUGCGAUGCACCAAAAUCAGAGGCAAAGACUCUAGGAUCUGGUGGAUUACUCCAAGUGGCACAGCUGCCAAAAUGCUGGCACAGCUACCACACAGGAGAAAGCCAGAAGCAUGAGGGUUUCUUAUGACCCCUGCCCGGCCGCCAGUACCCCUGCCGCUGACACGCCAGCUCAGGUGGAAACAGCAUGCGCAGGGGGCACU